UCCUCAAAGUAAAACAAGAGGGAAUAAUUCAUGCAAGCUCCUCGCUUUCCAAUCAUUUGGUGACUAAGUGGAACCAUGUGUCAUCUAUUUGCAACGAACCUUAAACACAUUGAAGCCUCAGCUGGUUAAUCUUUGUCUUUGUCGCUAUCGCUGUGGACAAACACACCAGAAGACUCAAGGGUCCGGCAAUUACUCUGAGUCAGGUGUUUUAUGGUGGCUCGGGUUAAAGGUUCCCGAUUUUGCGAUCAUUAUAUAGCCAACCACAAAGGGCUGCUUCAGAUCACCUGCCGGCGCAGCUCGUGCACAGAGGUCGCAAAGAAUUUAAGGUGUCUCUCUCCCGAGCAUUUCAAGAAUGGUCAAGAAGACGAUAUGUGUGGCCCUAGCCGUUCUGCUGCUGGCGGCCGUGGCCACGUUUGUAGGAGUCUAUUUCGGUGUUGGCAAACGGAAGCCCUCUGAAACGUACUUUAAGGCUGCUGUGGCGGCUGAUGCAGGGCCCUGCUCAGACGUGGGCAGAGAUAUGCUGAAGAAAGGAGGGUCAGCUGUAGACGCCUCAAUAGCGGCUCUGCUGUGUGUCGGACUGAUGAACGCUCACAGUACGGGCAUCGGCGGGGGCCUUUUCUUGAUCAUCUACGACGCAAAAACAGGUAACGUGGAGACCAUUGAUGCUCGGGAGACAGCGCCUCAAAAUGCGACUGAGAACAUGUUUGGCAGCAGCUCGGAGGCAUCUCAGAUGGGAGGGCUCUCCAUCGCGGUCCCGGGGGAGAUACGAGGCUAUGAGAUGGCCCACAAGCGACAUGGGAAGCUGCCUUGGAGUGAUUUGUUCCAGCCCAGUAUAGAACUGGCAGAGAAAGGUUUUCCUUUGGGUCGAGCCCUCGCCUCCGCCUUGAACGCACAUCAAGAGACCAUUGUCAACGAUCCAGCCUUGUGUGAGGUGUUUUGUGGCCCGGAUGGUACCGUUCUCAAAGAAAAUGCCACCAUUAAAUAUCUGAAACUGGCUCAGACCUACCGGAAAAUCGCAGAAGAAGGUGCAAACACUUUCUACCAAGGUCAAGUAGCAGAGGACCUUGUGUCUGACAUUCAAGCAGCAGGCGGAAUCAUCACAAUGGAGGAUCUGAGGGAUUAUGUUCCCAUCUUGGAUGAGAACCCUAUCAGGGUGAAUGUGGGGGAGUACACCAUGGCUGUUCCCAAUGCCCCCGCUAGCGGCCCUGUUCUCUCACUGAUAUUAAACAUCUUGAAUGGCUUCAACUUAAGUUCAGAGAGUGUGUCGACCACCGAGCGCAAGAUCUUGACAUACCAUCGCAUCAUAGAGGCCUUCCGUUUCGCCUAUGCAAAGAGAACCCUGCUGGGAGAUCCAGCUUAUCUCAACAUCACAGAGCUUAUCCAGAACAUGACCUCGAUGACAUACGCAGCGGAUGUCAGAGACAAGAUCACAGACGACACCACACACCCCAUAAGCUACUACGAGCCGGAGUUUUACCUCCCUGAAAACCAUGGGACGUCACAUCUCUCUGUGGUGGCAGCGGACGGGAGCGCUGUGGGCGCGACCAGCACCAUCAACUUAUUUUUGGGCUCCAAAGUCAUGUCAGCCAAGACUGGGAUUCUCCUCAACAAUGAGAUGGACGACUUCAGCUCCCCCAACAUCACCAAUGGCUUUGGACUUCCUCCUUCACCCAACAACUUUAUCAGACCAGGGAAGAGACCCAUGUCUUCAAUGUGUCCCACCAUCCUCUUUGACAAAAAAAAUCAGGUGAAGAUGGUAGUGGGGGGGUCAGGUGGGACGAAAAUCACUACCUCAAUUGCUCAGGUGAUUCUCAACGCACUGUUUUUCAAUUACGAUGUGAAAAAAGCUGUCUCUGAUCCGAGGAUACACAACCAGCUGGUGCCCAACUCUACAGUGGCAGAACCCAACUUUGACAAGAACAUCUUGGAAGGCUUGGUGAAGAAGAACCAUAAGACAGAGUACCUGACGGCCACAGGUGCCGUGGUUCAAGCUGUGGUUCGCUACGACAAGGGUCUCCAGGCCCAGUCAGACCCACGGAAGUGGUCGUACGCCUCCGGAUAUUGAUGGCGUAAACGCACCUCGAGAGACUGUUGCCUGAACCUUGACUCUGACAGUAUGAGCUCAGAGAUUAGGGAUUUCACAAGAACUAGAAGCCAUUGCGAGCACAGAUUUCACCCUCAUUAACUCACAAUAAUGCUUCUGUUCUGCUGAGAUAACAAACCACUCGAUUCUUGUUUUAAUGAAUGAUGAAUUUUGUCUCUCCACUGUUGUCACUGCAGAAAAAUGUUCUGUAUUCAUUUGUCCUUCAGUUCAACUGUUGUAGAACUGUUGUCUAUUUAUUUAGCGCGAUCGGUGAUGUUGUGUGUCACAUUUUAUUGACGACAGAAUGUGAAAACUCCCUGUCCUUUCAAGCCUUUCCUCUCAGGGGUUCCCACAGCAAGUCAGCCUCCUCCACCUGGAUCUAUCUUGAUCAUCCUACCUAGUCUCACCAAUCCCUACACUAUGUCUACAAUGUCAUUGGGUGGUGACGGAGAUGUCAUCCGUUUCAGUCGUCAUUUUCACACAGAGAAUGUUUGCCUUUCAAAUAACAGGAAUCAUUAAAC